AAAUAUCAAUUUUUAGUGACUUUUUUGCAUAUUCCGUUUAAUACAUACUGACUAAAGAUAUACAAGAGCUUUUUCAAUUUUAGAAAGUGCAUUUGAUGUUCAACUGACACUUUUGCCAACGCUAAAUAGAACGGAGCUGUUCAAAGAGGUCGCCACCGGAGGCCUAUGGGCACCUAUGUCAUGCAAGCCUAGGGACCACGUGGCCAUCAUCAUUCCUUACCGUGACAGACAAGAACAUCUAGAUAUUCUCCUCCAAAAUCUGCACCCUUUUCUACAAAGCCAGAAGUGCCACUACCAGAUAUUUGUCGUUGAACAGGCGCUUCCAGCGCCCUAUAACCUAGGGUAUACCAGAAAUGUAGGAUUCGUCGAGGCCAGUGCCACGUUUAAUUUCACCUGCUACAUAUUUCAUGACGUGGAUAAAAUCCCUAUGAACAAUUCACUACUGUAUAGAUGUCCGCCCGACAGAGUUCUUCAUUUGGCCUCCGCUGAGGACAGGAAUCAGUACGACCUGAUGUACCCAAACUACAUUGGUGGAGUUAUUGGGACCGCCCCUGACACAUUCAAGAAGCUAAACGGGUUUCCUAAUAAUUACAUAAGAUGGGGCGGGGAGGACGACGAUUUUUUUCAAAGGAGUGUCUCUCAAAAAGUUCCCAUUGAGCAUGCCCACACACAAUUAGGAAUGUACAGGGUUUUAAACCACACGCGUCCACCUGGCUACGACAACAAGGAGAAAGGCGAUAUGAACCAGUUUGCAUCGAAGUUGUAUAAGCACUACGGGCCGUUGAUUGAUGGACUGAAUACAUUGAACUACACCCGACUAGCAACAGAGUAUCGACCAACUUACACUUGGAUCAAAUUUAAUUUUGAUCAGAAAAGCAUGAUGAAGACUGUAUGGAAAGGAAUAAUGGACGCCAAAUAUGACAAGAUGGUUAACAAUACAUACUGGGCAGUAAAUUACACACGGGCCAACGAGAUGUUUCCGAAAAUUAACAGCGAUAUCAAGCGGGAAGCACAGACCUCUACAACGAAGAAGAGAAAGAAGAAAAUCAGAGUUCGCAAAAAGAGCCGGAAAUUAUAUCGACAUUAGAUAUACAUGUAUACGUACAU